CGCUCAAUCUAAAGAUUUUGAAGAAAAUAUUAAAGCGCAAGAAAAGGAAGCUAAAGCCAAGCUUAAUAUACUAGAAGAAAUUAUUAAAGAACGAGAUGAAAACAUCAGAACCAAGCAAGAAAUAAUUA